ACACUCUGAGUAUGUCAUCUCUGCACGAAGCAUUUGCAGCGUACAUCUUUGACCCAGUACACGUCAAUCAUGUCUGCUAUUGAAAGUUGACAACUUGUGUUCGGAUUGAUUGGGGGUUAGGUUUAACCCCAGGAAUGUUUGUAGUGUGUGAUGUUGUAGUUUUGUGUGAGAUUUGAGAUGUUAUGUCCAUUGUAGUGUGAAUUUGAGUGUAAAUAUGGCCAGUCCUAGAACCCGCAGAGUUCUAUCUGAACUGAAACCGAUUGACGAGAAUUCGAAAUGUUUUGAGUGUGGGACUCACAAUCCACAAUGGGCCUCUGUGACAUAUGGAAUAUGGAUUUGUUUAGAAUGCUCUGGAAAACACAGAGGACUGGGAGUACAUCUGUCAUUUGUGCGGUCCAUUAGUAUGGAUAAGUGGAAGGAUAUUGAACUUGAAAAAAUGAAGGUUGGCGGCAAUCGAAGAGCAAGAGAAUUUUUUGAAUCACAACCAGACUGGGAUGACAGCAUGUCAAUCCAAAGACGGUACAAUACGAAGGCAGCUGCUCUCUACAGAGACAAAAUUGCAACUCUUGCACAAGGAAAGUCGUGGGACCCAAAUACAUCUUCUGCUCAGAAGCAAGCAUCACCAACAAAAUAUAGUAAUUCGUAUGAGUCUGGAGACUGUGGUGGCAGUUACCAAAACAUGACAGCUGCAUCAGUGUAUGACCAAAAGGAAGCAUUUUUUUCUCGUAUUCAGAAUGAAAAUGCGCAAAGGCCAGAUGGCGUACCUCCAAACCAAGGUGGGCGGUAUUCGGGUUUUGGAUACACUAUGGAGACACCUCCUCGUAGUAGCUCUCAAGAAUUCUUUGAUACUGCAGUUUCCUCUCUUGCAAGUGGAUGGUCAGUAUUUUCAUCUUCUGCAAGCAAGAUUGCAAGCAAAGCAACGGAGGGAGCCAUCAAGAUUGGAGGGAUUGCAUCUCAGAAGGUAGCUGAAAUUAGUGUUUCUGUUGGUGAAAAGGUAAAGGAAGGCAAGCUGCUUGAAGAUGUUAGCUCUCAGGUGUCAAAUCUAGCAACAAAGGUAGGAGAUCUGGGCCGCCGUGGUUGGAAGGAUAUAGCAGGAACAAACACACCAGCUCCACAGAAUGAAUCUAGCCCAGAACCAUCCACGGAGAAGUCUUCCUUACUAAUUGAGGGCAGCAAUUCAGUUAGGAAUAACCAAUCAAGAAAUGUUGCAUCUGGAUUGCUAUCUGAACAGGAGACACAGUCUUCCGAAAAUACAGAGCCUGACGACUGGGGGUGGAGUUCAGAGAAGGCACAGCUUUCAAAGAGCCCGGCCAGCUCCAAGUCAUCAAAUGACUGGGGAAACUGGAGCCCUGUGAAGGAACAGACGCCAACGCCAUCACCCUCACAGACCAGUAAUGGAACAUCCACUCGCAAGACUAAGAAGAAAUCUGGAGCAAAAGAAGGUCUCCUCAUUGACUUUGCUGAAGAUAAAAAUGGAAAUGAUUGGAAUUCAAAAUGGGAUGAUGAUGCAUGGGAAAUGUUAAACAAAAAGGAUUAAAUACCAUAAAAUGGCAUUUAAAUGAUUUUCAGAUAUUGUAAACUUGUUUGAUAGAACUGCUGUGUGAUUCAGUGGUCCGUGACAGUUAACAUUCUUUUCUUGAUGGUGUAAAUUGGCCAUACUUUGGAGUUCUUGCACAUAAUGACAAUAGGCAUUCUUUUAAUGCCAUCAGCAGUGAUAUCCUUCCUGUUAAAAUUUCUUAUCUUACAGCAGAACCAAAACUUUCAUAGGUAGAAAUCGUGGACACUGCUAAACUUGAAGGGCCAUUAAUUUUUGUUUUCGAAUGUAUGGAUUACAUAAACUUGUGUUGUGCACAAAUGUCAGUUAUCUUUUAAACUGGUUUUAAAUUUAUUGUAUAUGUAUCAUGUCUGUCUGUUUUCAAGAUGAUUUAUCAAGAGUAUUGUAAUCUUGAAAUGAUAAUGUAAUGGUAUUUCAUCAAUGCAUGUUUAUUCAGAAUAAGUAUUUUUUUAUGAAU